AUGUUUUUGGGGAAGCUGGGACUUUUGGGCAAAAUGCCUGGUCAGAAGUCUCUCAUCAAUUUACGUCCGGGUCUGCUUUUCGUUCGUACUGCUGCUCGGAGCUCUGGCAAACCGGAAUUUCGAUUCAAGACGAGAAAAGUUAAAACCCCAGAACAGCUUAGGGCAGAGGAGGAACAGAGGAAGUAUGAAGAAGCCGUCAACUCUGGCUCCUGGAUUAGAAAAUAUGGUGCGAUAGUGGACACUUUCGAGUUUAACAGAAAGGCCACCAAGUACUACCUUGCGCUUUAUCUGGUGUUUUUCGUUUACGGUAUAAGGUAUUUCCGCAAGCUGUACGAAAGAGAUGUGGAGAAGAAGGAACUGUUGGAGAAAAGAGAUUCCGGUGCGGAACUCAGUGAAUGGGAGAAGCUGAGAUUGCGAGAGUUGAGCGGGGACCUGAUCCGGACUUCGGAUAUGGCCAAAUUGAAAGCAUAUCACGAACUUAGAGAGGAAUGGAAAAAGACGCACACUUCGCCCGACGACUACUUCAAUCCAAAACCUGAGGAAAUUGAGCAUCUUUUAGAUACCUCCUACGAAGAAUGCAUUCUUCCCGCUAAGGAUUUGACGGAAUUUUACGAUAACGUUGCCGAGAAGUACGACAGCGAGAUUUCCACCGAGGAAAUGUUGUCGUUCAUGGGAUCAAAGCGGAAAUGGCUUAUGAGUCACUGCAAGGGAGAUGUCUUAGAAGUGGCGUGUGGAACGGGAAGAAACAUCAAGUACUUGGACCCUACGAAAAUAGAAUCGUACACGUUUCUGGAUACCUCUGCAAAAAUGAUGCGUGUGACUUACGAUAAGUUCACUGAACAAUGGCCUGCUUUCAAAAAAGUUAAGUUUGUUGUUGGCAAGGCUGAAGAUUUGUUGGAACUUCAGGGAGACAAGCAGGUGAAAUACGACACCAUCAUCGAAACUUUCGGAUUGUGCUCUCAUCAAGAUCCAGUGAAAGCCUUGAAGAACAUGAUGAAGUUACUCAAGCCUGGAGGAAGAAUUGUUCUUUUAGAACACGGACGUGGGUCUUAUGAUUUUAUCAACAAACAGCUUGACAGAAGGGCUCAUAAACACUCGGAAACAUGGGGUUGUCGAUGGAAUCUCGACAUUGGAGAGUUGGUGGACGCAUCUGGACUGGAAAUCACGCAGGAGAAACGGUCCCAUUUUGGCACCACGUGGACAAUUGUGGCCAAGAGGCCUGGAGAUGUUUUGGAGUUUGACGAGCUCAGUUUCUUGGAGAAGUACUUCAUUGCCAGGAAAACCAACCUGGACUCUUCACUGCCUGAAAAAUAA